AGAUACUCCGAUUAAACUGUUUAGAUGUGAUGAUAAUUCGAAAGAUUGCUAAAAAACUAAAAUCAGGGUUUAAUCGGCGUAUGCUUCUAUUUUGAAUUUACGACGAUUAAAAUAAACAGAUUAAAGUGUUUACUUGACUAUUGCCGUACUCGGCCAACUGCCAUAAUCCGUAUAAUAUCGAAUUAUUAGUGCGCAUAUCAACGUACUCACUAGUGACACCUUCAUAUACAGUCAAUGGCAGGGCAUUCACGAGUUGCCACAGCCACAAAGUCAUAAUUAUGGCUAAACCCCGCCUAUUUCUACAAUUUAUCUUCUUAAAAUCAGAUGUUAAACCUAAACAGCACUGCUAACCUUUUCAUUUCUCAAAUUUUAAUUAAGACCAAAAACAAAUUUUAGUUUUCAUGAAUUUUUAGUUAAGAUCUACACCAUUUUUACUUUGCGGCUGUGAUAACUAGUGACAACCCAAUGUCAGUGACAAGUUCCUUAGCACAGCUUUCAAUUACUGCAUCUUAUACAUUUACUACAUUGCAGAUAGAUAUUUAGGAAACGGGACGCAUCUAACGCAGCAUCGUGCAUAUGCGAAUCAUCCACCUGCUACAGGAAUAUGGCACCAGGACCAGGUUUCAGUGAUGAAAAGAAUGAGACAUUGUGCGAGAGUUUGUGUGUGUUGGGGGCAGUCCCUGGAGAAUGAAGUCCUUCAUAGAGUACAUUGCUGGAGAGCUGAGUCUGGAGGACCCCAAGGCUGAGUACCCCAACAUCUGUGCAGGAACUGACCGCUAUGCCAUGUACAAGAUUGGCCCCGUGCUGUCCGUCAGCCAUGGCAUGGGUAUCCCCUCCAUCGCCAUCAUGUUACACGAGCUCAUCAAGCUCCUCUACCAUGCUCGCUGCACUGAUGUUACCAUCUUUCGCAUUGGGACCUCCGGUGGAUUAGGCCUCGAGCCUGGCACGGUUGUUGUCACCAAGCAGUCAGUAGACGCCACCUUCCUGCCCAGGUUGGAGCAGGUCAUCCUGGGGAAUACUGUGGUACGCAGCACGGACCUGGACCAAGGUCUGGCUGAAGAGCUGCUCCAGUGUAGCAAGGACCUGGGUCAAUUUGAGACGGUCAUCGGAAACACUAUGUGCACAAUGGAUUUCUAUGAAGGACAAGCGCGUCUGGAUGGGGCCUUCUGCUCCUACACAGAGAAGGAUAAACAGGACUACUUGACCAAGGCCUAUGAGUCUGGGGUUCGGAACAUCGAGAUGGAGUCUUCCGUGUUCGCUGCCAUGUGUAAACUCAGCGGUCUGAAAGCGGCCGUGGUGUGUGUGACGCUAUUGGACCGUCAGAAAGGUGACCAGCUGAUCAGCUCUCAUGAAGUUCUCCACAGCUACCAACAACGUCCUCAGAUACUGGUCGGUCACCUGAUCAAGAAGAUGCUCCAAACCUCAGCCUCAGUUGCAGUUCUUGACAAAAAAACGGUGCUCCAGGCACCUACUACAUAACCCAUUGAAAGGCACGUUUGUCUUGCCCACUCACCAUCUGAAUGGCACACAUAGACAAUCCAUGUCUCAAUUGUCUCAAGGUUUAAAAAUCUUUCUUUAACCCGUCUCCUCCACUUCAUCUACACUGAUUGAAGUGGAUUUAACAUGUGACAUCAAUAAGGGAUCAUAGCUUUCACCUUGAUUCACCUGGUCAGUGUCAUGGAAAGAGCUUAAGCUUAAUGUUUUGUAUACUCGGUGUAAGUGUAAUUUAGGGCAGCCCUUAUUCAGUCAUUCAUUCCAUAUAGCCUGGCUGCUUUCACUAUGGAUUUUCACAAUCAUUCUCAAUAGCAAUCAUUGACCGUAUAGAAGCCAUUAUAUAUAUAUAUAUAUAUCGAUCAUAUCUAUUGUUUCUGGAUUGUAGCUAAGUGUAACCAAAUUAGUACAGUAAUCAUGAGAAACAUCAAACACACCUCUUACCUGACACUACCUCUGUUUUUAUACCAAAUAAACCAAUGCUGAGCGAAGUAAAGUAACCUGUUCCAUAAGUUGUUGCUUUGUGUAACAUUAGAAAAUAUAUUAUACACAGUUUGUUUUUUAAAACCUUUUUUUUUAACCCCAAGCUUUUAAAAUGACAUGUUUUGUUUUAAUUCACCAGUAUGUAUAUUUUAGUUUUAUAUGCUGUAGCUAUGGUAACGAGCAAGUUAUGAAUAUUAAAGAUAAGACUUCUCUGCACUUCGUUAGCUACUUUGAAGACUUAUCGACACUGCAUUGUACUGUACUAUCAAAUGUUGCUCUGAAACCAUAAUCAUACAUUCAACGUGUCGUCCUGUUACUGAGAAAAUAUGUAACUGAGUGCUUCUAAUGUCAUCUUAUGAGUAAUAAAACCACAAAUACUGUAAAUA